UAACGAACCGUUUUUUUUUUCGUAAUUUUCUCGAAAAGAGUGUUAGCAGUUUCUCGGAAAGUGCACUCACUCUACGCAAACCGUUAGCUCACUUUCUUCUCAAGCAAAACCAUUUUCACAAUAUUUAUUUCUCACAACAAAAACACUUUUGCUUCAAACACCAAACAUGGUUCAAAUGAAGCUUUCGCAUUUUCUCUCUCAUCUUCUUCUUCUUCUCCUUGUUAUUUCUCCUUCAUCUUCAUUCGCGAAGAUUUCAAUACUACCUUCGAGGUUCGCAUCGAAGCAAGCUGAGAAAUUGAUUCGGGAGCUCAAUUUGUUUCCUAAGGAAUCCGACAACAUCGUCGAUCGGGAUCCAUUUCCGACCGCCGAUGAUGCUUCUAGAAUCGUCGAAAAGCGAUUAUCAUUCCCUAAUUUGGCGAAUUCUAGUGUUUCGUUUGAAGAUUUGGGGCAUCAUGCUGGUUAUUAUAAGAUUAAGCAUUCUCAUGCUGCCAGGUUGUUCUAUUUCUUCUUUGAAUCACGCGGUAGUAAGGACGACCCUGUUGUCAUCUGGUUGAGUGGAGGGCCUGGUUGCAGUAGUGAGUUGGCCCUUUUCUAUGAAAAUGGGCCUUUUUCUAUUUCAAAAGAUCUGUCACUUGUGCCGAAUGAAUAUGGGUGGGACAAGGUAUCAAACCUUAUCUAUGUAGACCAACCUACAGGUACUGGCUUCAGUUACAGUUCUGACAGGCGUGACCUCUGUCACACUGAAACAUGUGUUAGCGACGACUUGUAUGACUUUAUCCAGGCUUUCUUUGACGAGCAUCCAGAGCUUGUAAAGAACGAAUUCUACAUAACCGGAGAAUCAUAUGCUGGGCACUACAUUCCUGCUUUUGCUGCAAGAGUACACAAAGGAAAUAAGGGUAAAGAAGGAACACAUAUAAACUUAAAGGGAUUUGCCAUCGGGAAUGGUCUUACAGAUCCCAAAAUACAAUACCGUGCAUACACUGACUAUGCAUUGGACAUGGGAUUAGUUUCGAAGUCUGAUCAUGAUCGUAUCAACAAACUACUUCCAGUUUGUGAUGUCGCAGUAAACCUUUGUGGCACUAAUGGGAAAAUCUCUUGCUUGGCGGCUUAUUUUGUUUGCAAUUCUAUAUUCACUGCUGUCCGUGCAAGUGCUGGGGUUGACAUCAAUCACUAUGACAUCAGAAAGAAGUGUGUGGGACGACUUUGCUACGACUUCUCAGACAUGGAGAAAAUGCUGAAUCUGGGCUCUGUUAAGCAUGCUCUUGGCGUUGAGGAUAUAGAGUUUGUCUCGUGUAGUACUACUGUGUACCAGGCAAUGCUUGUUGACUGGAUGAGGAACUUGGAAGUAGGAAUUCCAACCUUGCUCGAGGAUGGAAUAAAGCUGCUUGUGUAUGCUGGAGAAUAUGAUCUUAUUUGCAACUGGCUUGGUAACUCAAGAUGGGUUCAGGCCAUGGAAUGGAAAGGUCAGAAAGAGUUUGUAGCAUCUCCCGAAGUCCCUUUUGAAGUGAAUGGUUCUGAAGCAGGAUUGUUGAGAAGCCACGGACCUCUAAGUUUCCUCAAGGUUCAUGAUGCUGGACACAUGGUUCCAAUGGAUCAGCCUAAAGCUGCCUUAGAAAUGCUGAAGAGGUGGACUAGAGGCACCCUUUCUCAGCAGACGACUGAGCCCGAAAACUUGGUCGCUUCAAUAUGAUGUGUGAUUAUGCGCUUUUCAUAGUUUUCAGAUAUCUGUAAAUGUUUGCUCUAUCCUGAUGUUAGGUGUGGCCUCUUUGGCAAUGACUAAGAAUUUCUUGACGUUUUGUCCAAACUUUCUUUAUCCACUGUGUCUGUAUGUUUGAACGAAGCAAUGGUGAAACUUUCUGGGUCGCAUUUGGGGCAUGAUAAACAUUUGAAGUCAAAAAGGCAUUUAGUAAAAUAUGCAUGUCUUGUUGUUGGAAACUAAGAACAUAAUCAGACAGUUUGAUGCAUAUUAUCUUCGUUCACAAGUAUAGGAACAAAAAGUUCUCUUCCUA